AUGGCGGCAGAGGCGGCGCCGCUGCUUGCGCGGGAGGACGGGACCGCCGAGGGAUCCGGGCGCGGCGGCGCCACGUGGGCGCAGACGCUGGGCAACGUGGUGGUGUCCAUCGUCGGCACGGGGGUGCUCGGCCUCCCCUACGCCUUCCGCACCGCCGGCUGGCUCGCCGGAUCCCUCGGCGUCGCCGCCGCCGGAUGCGCCACGCUCUACUGCAUGCUCCUCCUCGUGGACUGCCGAAAUAAACUAGAAGAGGAAGAAACAGAAGAGCCACGUGACGUGCACUACACAUACGGGGAUCUUGGUGAGAAGUGCUUUGGGACAAUCGGCCGAUGCUUGACAGAAAUCCUCAUAUUUCUGUCGCAAGCCGGUGGCUCUGUUGCUUACCUGAUAUUCAUUGCUCAGAAUCUCAAUUCCAUGCUUCCUCAGUUUAUGUCGCCAGACGGGUUCAUCUUCGCCAUCCUCCUGCCUAUGCAAAUCGCGCUCUCCUUCGUUCGCUCGCUGUCCUCUCUUUCACCAUUCAGCAUAUUUGCCGAUGUAUGCAAUGUCCUAGCGAUGGCCAUAGUUAUCAAAGAGGACGUACGGCUUUUCGAUCAUCCGUUUGCAGAUAGAAGUGCUUUUAGUGGACUUUGGGCGGUACCUUUCUCCUUUGGGGUUGCGCUCUUCUGCUUCGAAGGAUUCAGCAUGACUCUGCCACUGGAAUCAUCGAUGGCGGAACGGAAGAAGUUCCGCUGGGUGCUUUCUCAAGCAAUUGUCUGCAUCAUGUUUGUGUAUUCAUGUUUUGGAGUGUGUGGGUACUUGGCUUACGGUGAUGCCACCAAGGACAUCAUUACACUUAAUCUUCCCAAUAACUGGUCUUCUUCUGCAGUUAAGGUUGGACUAUGCAUUGCACUUGCAUUUACAUUCCCGGUGAUGAUGCACCCGAUUCAUGAGAUUUUUGAGGCGAGAAUCAGAUCAAGUGGGUGCCUUCAGAAGCUUUCCCACAAUGCCGGUGGCGCAAACUGGAUAGCCUUGCACUUGAGCCGUGUCGCUGUGGUGACCGUAUUGGCUGUGGUGGCCUCCUACGUGCCUGCAUUUGGGUCCUUCAUCUCCUUCAUCGGGAGCACGGUGUGUGCUCUGCUCGCGUUCGUGCUGCCUACUGCCUUCCAUCUGAGCAUUGUGGGAUCGUCGUUGAGCCUGUGGCGACGCCUGCUGGACUAUGGUUUCCUUCUCUUUGGCCUGGCUUUCGCCUGCUAUGGAACGUUAGCUUGUUAUACUGAAUGA